GAACCGCGGCACUUCUAAUUGCCAGCAUCGGGGCCGUUUUGGCCUCCGUGCUUUUCAGUUUUGAGAUCUUGCCAGCUUUAACUCAGCCAAAACAAGAUGACUCAAACUUUCAAUGCAUCUGGACGAAUCUGGUGGGUUUGGUGUCAUACUGCGUAGUGCUCUUGUUCUGGCGUUCCUCGGCCGAUGUCUUCCUUGACGUCCUAUGCAUAGAUCAAGAGUUCCAGCCACGGAAAGCCGAUGGGCUGUUGAGCAUCGGUGCUUUUCUGAAGAACUCCGACACCAUGCUGGUUCUUUGGGACGGUACGUACUGCGAUCGACUCUGGUGCAUGUUCGAGAUUGCGGGUUUUGCCAGAAGCCGGUCACCGGGUGAGGAGCCACGACUCCUCAUUCGGCCUACGGAACUGUCCGUUUGCUACUUCUCUCAAGCACUCACGGUGUUGUUCGUGACGAUCGUGAGUGAUUUCCUUCCACUGACUGGAGACGACGAAGGUGUCAUCUGGACUUUUCAAGCACUGAAUGCCUUGGUUUUCUGUGCAGGUUUCUAUGCCAACAUCGCGAUAUACAGAGACUGCUUCCGCUCCAUGGAAGCAGAUGGAGACAAAUUGGCAAGAUUCUCGCUUGACAACGUCAGCUGUUUUUGCUGCGAGGAUAACCAUCAAAGGAGCCGUGGACUUUGCGACAGGUGA